AUGUGGGAAAGGAUGUUAGAUCUGAUGAAUAAAGGCGAAAUGAUUAGAGACAAUAACAGUUUAAUUGGUAAGAAUCAACCCAAUGAUUUGCAACAACUACUCAAAGUGUCUUCUCUGACACCACAAGUAGCAACCUACGUGUCCCCAACAACAGAGAACCCCAUGGAACAAGUGGUCUCCUUGCUACAAGAGGUUGCCUCCGCUGUGGUAAACAAGACCAACAAAAAUGAAGUAGCGACAUGUCAUGUGAACACGGAUAAAAUUGAGAAGCAAAUGAAAACGAAACCUGCCGUUUCUCUAGUAAAUACAAACCUGGACAAUAAAGCCCCGAAGCGGACCUCAAUAAAGAAGUCACAAGGACAGGGAGACAAAAGACUAAAGAUGACAAACAUAGGGUUUCAAGUAAAAGAGUAUAUGUUUGUCAAAAUGAUG